UUUAUGUUACGAUUGGAUGAUUCAUAUUGGUAAAGCAAUUUAUAGUAGGCCUAAGUAUAGUAAAAUUACAGUUAUCUAAAUGAACGUAUAUAAGAAGUUAUGGAAUCAAUGUUAGUAUAAAAUGCUGGGAAUCGACAGAUUGUUUGAGGAGGAAGAAGGACCUGUUUAUGGACCACAGAAUAGACCAACAAAGGAUCAGGCCGCUCAACAACACAGUGGACCGCCUGAUCCUAGGCCUGAGAAUGGGCUGUGUGGUAUCAAGAAUCAAGGUGCAACAUGUUAUCUUAACGCCCUGUUACAGACAUUACUGUACACUCCAGAAUUUAAAGAGGCAUUGUUUAAGCUUGAUUCCUCUCAGCUUGGAAGUUUGGAAGAUCAAGGAAAACCAGGUUCGAAGGUCCGAGUAAUACCAAUCCAGUUGCAGAAUUUGUUUAGCCGUCUGCUUCUUUUGGAUCAAGCAUCAGUCAAUACUUCUCAGUUGACAGAUAGUUUUGGUUGGACAGGAUCAGAAGGAUUUCAACAGCACGAUGUACAAGAGCUUAGCCGGAUACUGUUUAGUGCCAUAGAUGCCUCACUGAUUGGAACAGAAGGAGAACAAUUAGUUCAAAGACUUUACAAAGGAUCCAUUGUAAACAAGGUUACAUGUGAGGAGUGUGGGAGAGUUAGUGAAAGAAUGGAGGACUUCUUUGAUUUAACUGCUGCAGUUGCCAAUUACACCAGCUUAGAAGAAUACUUGACUAGUUGCUACUUAGAAACAGAACGGUUUGAAGGCCGCAACAAAUACAGAUGCGAAGCAUGCAGUAAAUUAGUUAAUGCUACAAAGGGAGCAAAGCUACGGUCUUUACCACCUAUCCUGUCUGUGUCCCUUCUAAGGUUUAGUUUUGAUUACGAUAAGAUGCAAAGGUAUAAGGAGACGAGCAAGUACACUUUCCCCUUUGAGUUGGACCUCAGGAUGUACUGUGACAAGGAAGAAACAGAAGACACUGCAGUUUAUGAGUUGUAUUCAGUUGUUAUCCAUCGUGGUAGUUGCUAUGGAGGCCAUUACCAUGCCUACAUUAAAGAUGUUGAUGGUUUGGGUCAAUGGAAAACACCAGUUGAAGAAUAUACUGUAAUUGAACCAAAGAACAAUUCGAAAAAACCAUCUGAGGAUAAAAUGAUUUUCAGUUCUCCAAUGGAGUGCUUGGCGAUGAUCCUGGCUGAGCAAGGCGGACCUGGUUUCAGCAUGGCUAUAGAUAAACUUUGCCAGGCUCUUAUACAGACAACUGGAGUUUCAUGGAACAAACAGUUUAAGAAGCAAUAUGGAACAGUGACAAAGUUUCUCAAGAAGUAUAAUGAUUUAUUUAUGGUGGAUCCAUGUAGCAACACUGUAUCUUUACAUAAGAAUGAGUCACAUGACAAGCAAUUACAUGAUACAGGGUCACAUGGUACCAAUAACGAUAAACAGACUAUUAAGGAGCAGCAGGUUAAAGGUCAGACUGCUGAGCAGAAACUUGGUGUAAACAACUCAACAGCAAGAGAAUUGGAGGGAGUAUUGAAUACAGAGCCCAACAUGGAUGAACAUCAACAUUGGUUUGACUUCAAUGACUCGCAUGUCAAGCCAAUACAUCAAAAAGAAAUUCACAAACAGUUUAGUGGACGUGAAAGUGCUUAUAUGUUGUUCUACAGAAGGAAGUCUCUACCUAGACCUAAGGAAGCCUAUACCAACCCUGCCUUUGGUAUUCCAAUGGAUAUCAUCAAAGAAAUGGCUAAGUUGAACUCAGUGCUUACUACCAAGAGAAUAGAACAUGACAUAGAACUUAAUACAAUUACAUUAACAGUACUUCAUAGUCAGGACUAUCAUUACAAACAGGGAAGUUUACAUUUAAAAACUGAUAGCAAUACUUGUGUGACAUCCCUAAAAAUAGACAGACGGAAAGAUGUUGCACAGCUUAUUAUUGCAACACAAGAGGUUUUAGGCGACACCUUUGUGGAAGGAAGUCAACUGAGUAUAGCCAAAGAGCUGCCAGCAGGCCUACACCUGUAUGACAUGAUUAGUGAAUAUGCAUCGGCUGGUAUCAAUCACCUCGGACUUGUUACUGGUUCAAAGCUGUUCCUUUGGGAUGGAUUCAAGGUAAGUGGUCAGGUGAUCAAGACAGGUGAGCAAUCUGAGCCGAUUCUUCUGGACAUCACCUGGAUUGAUGGGAAUGGUGUCAAAGGGCAAAUCUCACAUGCUUUCCCUAAACAUUCUCAGUUCAGAGAAGUGCGUUUAAUGAUCAGCCGUCUCACUGAAAUACAACCAGAAUUCCUGCUGAUCAGUAAACUCUCCUCUAAAAAGCAUAUUGUUAUGGGUGCUUCUGAUGAUAAGCUAUCAUUACAAGAGUUGAAGUUUCUUGACUGUGAUAAAAUUUGUGCUGAGGCCAAGACAAGGAUAGGGAAAGCUGUUUUUGCUGAAGGUGAAUUGCUAGGACAAGAAAAACUUGUGAGAGUUAAAAUUGAGAAUCGAUGUGUUGCUAACCAGGAGGAUGAUGACUGGCCUCUCAUUGAAGUUGAAACUGAAUCAGACCAAACAAUUGAGAAACUUAAGUUAGUUAUCUUAAAUAAACUUGGCUUAACUGGCGAUAUGAAACCUGAUGGAGGAGGGCGUUUGCGUGUAUGUGAUGCAACGGUCGGGUGCCAACCUCCAUUGUUUGAACAGCAAAGUAUUGGUGCUGCUGAGAUCAGACACAAUUCUUGCCUAAUAUUAGAACCUGGUGCUCCACCAAAACACAAUCAGAUUACAGUAAGUUUUAGUCUUGGAAUGCCGGGUAAUUCCUCAGAAUCAAAUAGUAGAAAAGAGAUGAUUGUCAACAGGACCAUGACAGUUGGCAUGUGUUUACGUGCUAUUCUGGUAACCCUUGACCUCAAGGGAGAUAUGUAUCAUCUACAGAAAACUAACUGGCUUGGGGAGCCUGCUGAUGUUUUGGAUGACUUGGAUGCAUCCCUUGAUCAAGAAACUGUAAAAGAUGGGGAGCACGUCCUAGUUCAAGCAGGGAAGUUACCACCAAGAGGGUUUUUGAGUCUGCCGGUGUGGCUGUAUCCACCGCCUAACAUUCCAGAUACUGAAGCAGAAUCUAGUAUACUUAAUUGGAUAACAACUAUAAUGAAAGGUCUCUUCAACAACUCAGAAGACAAUGAACCAUUGUCUGAAAUUGAAGGGACAAAUAUUUACCUCAACAAUGUGGAGGUAUUGGAAGAUGCAACCGUUGAUAUGCUAAAAGGUUUAAUACUGAAAGAGCUCAGUGGCUUGGAUAUCAGCUUACCAUCAACUCAUUACAUAAGGCUACGUCAAGUGGAGCACUCAAUGCUUACCAGAGUAUUUAGGAAUAAUGAACAACUUCUUAGACGACAGAAAAUCAACUCCUCCACAAAACUUGGAGUGCAAAUUUUACAGGAAGAAGAAAAUUUAAAGCAAAAUACAAUAGUACUAGCAAUACAUAGACGCAAUGUUAAAUUAAGGAGUUACAGCAAAAGUGAGGAAUUAAUCUGGGAUACAACUCGUUCACAAACACCAGAAUCUCUAAAGCAAGCCUUAGUGGACAGGGUCAAGAUACCGUUAGAAAGGAUCAUCAUCGCUAAACACCAACCAGAGAAAUUUAACUGGAUUAUUAUUCCAAAUAGUUCACAAUUUCAGAAAAAUAAAGGACAAAAAGGCAAAAGAAAAGGAGGACAGAACCAGAGGUUGAAUCUGAAACAUGCUCCUUACCAACUCAAAGAUGGUGAUGUUAUAGGAGUGAAGGACUUGCAGGAUGAUCCAGAGAAAAAAGAUGAUUUUUCAACUGAGGAUGAUGACCUUGGAAAGGAAAAAUUAAGGCAAAUUGCUGAAGCAAAAAGAAAAAUGCGUCAAGAAUCUAAAAAGCAUAAUACUGAUGAUGUGCAUUUUGAGAAAAAGAAAAGCAAGAAAGAAAAGAGAAAAGAAGUUGCAUUGGUUAUCAAAGUGGAUGAUUUUAAAUGACGAUAAUUUACAGAAAUAUAUGAAUAUGUGUAAUUGUGAUGAACAUAUAAAAUCUGUCUUUUGUAAGACUUAUUUUUGUAAGACAUUUGUGUUCUUUUGUGGUACUGUACCACACCUGUCAAUACAUGAAAAUUUUGAAAACAGGUUUUAUUAAAAUUAAGUCUUUUGGUUAUGUCAUUUUAAACCAAAUAUUGUCUUAUAUUAAUUAAUUAAUGCUAAAAUUUAUCAUGUGAUAAAUAAUGUAAUUUUUGUAAUUGCCUUCAUAUUUUAUAUUGAUCUUUGUUUCAUAUUAUCUCAUUUUUCCUUUGAUUUUUUAGAAUUAAGCUGAUUAGAAUUACAAUUAUAUGUGACAGUUAUUUUUAGAACCACAAUACAAUCAGACUGCGUUAUAAAUUUUAAAAAUUAACAGAAUCUCAAUUGAAACUCAUCACCAAUGACUUGUGGAUGCCACAGGUCCCAGAGGCCCAGCGCACAUUCUCUAAUUACUCCUACUCAAUUUUAAACCUUUGUUUCCUAUUCUCCCCCCCCCCCACCAAUUUCCACAAUGUGAAAAGUUGUGCAUAAAACCAGGGACAAUGUUUUUUAUUAUCUUGAUGACAUUGACUGUGAAACCUUGUUGGUGUGGUAACUCCCUUUAGCUGCCUGGUGCUGCCCAUCAGGAGCUUCAACAAAAAUUAUAUAAAGAAACUGUGGAUGUGAAUUAAUUGUAUUGUAUAAUAAAAGAGUUAGUGAACUUAUGACAACUUCAUAAUUCUCUCCUAUGCAAAUCAAUUAAAAGAGUAUUUUGUUUCCAGAUUUAAAUUAAAAAUUGAGAACAUAACAGCAUAUACAGUAUAAUCAACUGUGGGCCAGGGUGCAAUAUGCCAACAAAAAAUAGUUUUAAAAUCUGUGUUUACAAAAUCAAAAAGCAAAACAAUGUACAAAUCUUAUGCUGGAUAAAGUAUUAGAAUGAAGCAAAAAUAUUAUAAGAUGUUUAAGCUGUGGUGAAGGAAUCAUUGUAAAGAAUGUGAAAUGAAAAACAAGACAUUCAAAAUUCAUAUUUGCUGUCACACUGUGUGAAAAGAAAAUCCAUUAAGCUUUUUAUGAAGGAGAGUGUGUCGGCAGUUGCCCAAACUGUUGAUACUCAGAAGCCGGAUAUGUGAAAUAGUAUGAAUCACAUGAUUAGAUGGAACAAAAAAACUUCAUAACAACUUUGAACAUUUGCUGUAUCACAGAUCUAUUCAAUAUGGGAUCAUUUGUAGGCCUACUUAUUACCACUAAUGCCCUGUACAAGUAAAAAUCACUCAACGGGAAAGGUAUUGCAAGGGUUGUUAUUUUUGUUACAGAUGAGGAUAAGAUCAUUGGAUAAUGUGGUGAUAUAAAAAGCCAUAUUUAGCAAUGUUUUUUAAAUAUUUUUGACAUUGAUGACAGAUUUUAUUUAAUUGUAUUGAAUGUAAACCAAGAUUCAUAGCCAAUAGUAUUAAUUAACAAGUAUUCUAUAAAUAUACAUUGUAUAUAAAAAUAAGCAUUUUUUAUUCUUGAAAAGGAAAUAAAAAAGCCAAACAUUU